AUGGACUUUAAGAAAGUUGUGAUUCAGGCUUUCAGUAGGAGUCUUUAUCUCAUUUUAGAAUAUGAUGGAGUUGAAGAGCCAGUAAGGUCUCUAGAUAUCCCUGAUAUAGAUCAUGUGAGAGUUCAUCCAAAGUUUCUCCACUCAAAUGCCACAAGCCAUAAAUGGGCUUUAGGGGCUUUGGCUGAGCUUUUGGACAACUCUAUGGAUGAGGUGUGUAAUGGAGCUACAUUUGUCAACAUUGAUGUGCUGAAGAAUCCUAAAGAUCAGACUAAAAUGUUGCUUGUUGAAGAUAAUGGUGGCGGGAUGGACCCAGAUAAAAUGCGACAAUGUAUGUCAUUGGGUUAUUCAAUGAAAAGCAAAUCUGCAAAUACAAUUGGCCAAUAUGGAAAUGGAUUUAAAACAAGUACAAUGAGGCUAGGUGCAGAUGUGAUUGUAUUUUCUCGUUGUCGAGGGAAGGAUGGAAUGAGUCCAACACAGAGCAUUGGUAUGCUAUCAUACACAUUUUUGAGGAAUACAGGGAAGCAAGAUAUAAUAGUUCCUUUGGUUGAUUAUGAAAAAAGAGAUGAUGAUUGGCAUCAAAUGGAAAGAUCAUCUUCUGUUGCUUGGAAAACAAAUAUGGAUUCAAUUGUUAAAUGGUCUCCUUACAGCAGUGAAGCUGGUCUGCUUGAACAGUUCAACUUUAUGUUUGAUCAAGGCACAAGAAUAAUUAUAUACAAUCUAUGGGAGGAUGAUGAAGGACAGCUUGAACUUGAUUUUGUUACUGAUGCUCAAGACAUCCAGGUCAGAGGUGCCAAUAGAGAUGAGAAGAAGAUUGAAAUGUCCAAAAAUUUUCCAAAUUCAAGACAUUUUCUUACAUAUCAUCAUUCAAUGAGGAGUUAUGCGUCGAUUCUUUAUCUUAGACUUCCUCAAGGUUUCAGAAUAGUUCUUCGAGGGAAAGAAAUUGAACAUCAUAAUAUCGCAAAUGAUAUGAUGAUGAAAGAAGAGAAGAUUUACAGGCCACAGCCAGGUCCUGAUGGGGUGUCUAAGGAUCCAAAUAUUUUUGCUGCAGUGACCAUUGGUUUUGUUAAGGAUGCAAUAAAUCAUAUUGAUGUUCAAGGUUUUAAUGUUUAUCACAAAAACCGACUAAUAAAGCCAUUCUGGAGGAUUUGGAAUGCUGCUGGAAGUGAUGGUCGUGGAGUUAUAGGGGUAUUGGAGGCAAAUUUUAUUGAACCUGCACAUGACAAACAAGGAUUUGAACGCACAGCUGUGCUAAAUAGACUUGAAGCACGCUUGCUUCGUAUCCAGAAAAAUUACUGGUCAUCAAACUGCCAGAAUAUAGGAUAUGCUCCGAGACGUCAGAAGAAAUCUAUAAAAAAUUCCGAAGAUAAUAGUAUAGAGAGUUCACCUGAAACUCCUAAACAACCAUGCGUUCCUCCUAUGAUGGCUAAACCUAGUAUGGUUGUCCAAUCAAACGAUUCAACUAGGCAUCAAAAUUCUGCAAAGCUUUCUUUGCAUUCAAAUUUUGAAGUUGUGAACUCAACAAAAAAGCCUCACAAUAAUGGUUAUGAGAAGUCUGGAGAGUGCAUAUUGCUUCAACAGCCAAGAUACCACUUCUCCAUUUCUUCCAGUAAUUGCAAUGGAUCUGGGCAAUCCAACACAGAAUGCAACCCUAAUAAGAAAAGUUCAGAUGGAUCUGAAGAUAUUGCUUGUUCAUCUCUAUUAUCAUCUUCCGUGCUCAAUGAUGGACUUCGACAAAGUCCUGUUUCUGUUGAAAGUGAUUUGAAAAAUAUGUCCUGUUUGAGAUCUUCCUCAAUGAAAAUGGGCGCUGAAAGCUAUGUAAAUGGACUAAAAGCUCUGGAUUUUGGUAUGCACACCAAACUGUUGGCCAAUCAUAAUAAGACCUUGAAGGAAAGAAUAGUUACAGUAGAAGGCAAGUUGUUGCAUGAUUUGAAGAUUGCAAUGCAAAAGAACAAAGAACUAACUGAGAAAAUUGAAUUAUUGCAAAAGAGGCUGAAGGAUGCUGACAAAGAACAAGAAACUAUUGUGACCAUAUUCUUAGAAGAACGAGAGAGGAGGGAUGCAGAAGAAGAGAAAUGGAGGACUCUGUUAAAGGUUGCCAAUGACAAAAUAAACAAGUUGGAGAAUUUCGCAAUAAGUGGAAUUAAAUCAGAGCUCCAAUGACCGUAAUAAAGGCAUUACGGUACUUGCAGUC